UUAAAGAGUUCUGACAUACAUUACGUAUCUGAUCUAUGAAUAGAAUAUUUGGUGAUAGAAAUAAUGUCUUCUGGAAAACCUGUGGUGCAAUAUGGAUGUCGACUCACAUCGAAUUGCUUUUUCUAUCACAAAAAUGUCUAUUUGCUACUUAGAUGAGUAUUUGAUGGAUAGUGGAUGUUAUUUUUAGCUUAGUUGGUAAAGUUUUCGGAAGUUAUAUACCAAAUUGCUAUUUUGGCUAUCUUGCAUAAACUUCACUAAUCUCCAUCUAUUGUGUUUGUGAAUUCAAUGAUAUGGAUUUUAAUGUUUAGGUUACUUUAGAUAGAUUUCAAAUGCUCAUAGUGCAACAAAAGAUUGAUAACCACAAACAAGUUUCAUAGCAUAACAACCACAUGUAAUACAAUACUAUUUAUGUGAACAUACGAUAAAGGAGAGAACAUGUAACUAGAAAGCUCUCAGACGCCGCCGUCCUUGUCAAUCAAGUCAGAUAUUCAGGACCUCAGAUUGGCUAGCAUUAAGCAGUCCGAAACAAUCAAGUCGGAGAUCCAAGUAGGAUCUUCGUUCGUCACUCUAUCUUGAUUUGAGCUCGUCAAAUCAAAAGUAUCACAUCUAUAGACACCUUCGAUCACAUACGCAUACUCCAUCCCCACAGAUCAUCAACAGGAAAUAGUUCAUACAAGGGCAGUUUCAAAAUAGUCACAUUACCAAAAAUAGAAUGAGGAAAACCAGGAACAUUCAGAGGGUGAUAGAGUUGCCUAGAUUCAGGAUUACCCUCAAUAACUUGGUCCAAUAUAUCAGUAAAUAUGCGAGCACACACAUCAUUAAUGAAGUACUUUAUUUUGUUUAUAGUAAGAGACUUAUCACUAUGCAUUAUGUCUAAAGGAACAUUUUGCCCCAUUAUGGUAGUAGUGAAGGUUGUGCUGGUAAUAAGAGGCAUGCAUUGAUUAGGUGCUAGGGAGUUCAAGCAAAACAUAGCUUCAUCUACUACUUUGUUAACAAUGAAGUUUGAAGCCCUAAGAAGCCUUGUUACAAGGCAAGGAAAAUGGUUUUCUUCUAACCAAAACCAAAACGCCAUUGCUAGUAAUGAAUCUGCUGGAUUGCGCGAUAAGUCCACGAUUAGACGGGUGAUUAAAGCUCGAUCUAUUGAGUGAUAUUGGUGAAGAUCCGAGAGGGGAAUGGUAGCCAUUAAUACAAGAUUUUGAGCAAGGAUGGAUAUCAAAUUUGAGAGAAAUAGUAAGGUUUAAAUAGAGGGGGAUUUAUAACAGAUUAUAUAUGCAAUUUUGACACGACUAACCUUAUAUUUUACGUUUCAUAAAGAAGGCAAAUCUAUUAUCUACACGUAGUAGAUUGAUGAAAGAACUUUUUGUAUUAAAAAGUAAAUUUAAUGUUAUCCAUAAUGUUUUUAGAACCUUUUGAUGCGAGAAUCUUGCUAAAGUAAUGCAAAAGAGAGUUUCAUAAUGCCAAGUUUUUCUUAUUUAGGGGAUAAAUGGCAAGCAGAGAGAAGUAAGACUUAUAUAGAAACGUAACACAUGUAUAAAACUCGACUGUUUAUGGUGUAAUCCUAAGAGGAAUGACUCACGAGUUUCACAAUUUAAAAGAAGUGAGAAAUUUCCACAAUAUGUCAAGAUGUAUCACACCAUCACUAUCCCUUAAUUCAUAAAUAUAGCUACUAAGAUAUUUUGUGUGUUUGGAUCUUUUAUGGUUGAAUCAAUUUAAUAAGUUCAAACUUCUUGUUAUAGUAGGAAAAAUAGGUUUACAUAAGUUGAUUUGGCCGUCAUUUAAUGAUAAGAAAAGUAGCUAUUAAGUAAGUUGAGAACAUUGAAAAAUGAGUUCAGAAAACAUAAACAUAUCUCUGAAGAUAUUUAUAUGAUUCGAAAGAUAACACUAGGAUGUAUGUCACUAAGAUACUUCUAAACCAUAUUGGGAGACCUUAAAAAGGAAGAGAAUACAAUGUAGAUUUUCAACAAACACAGGAGGACAUCCUUAAUUAUUAGUCCAAUUAAACAUAACAAAAAAGACAGCUAAAAUGUAGCUAAGAAUUAAGAUCAAAAUCUUUCAUUUUUUUACACCCCUCACUUAUUAAUAUCAGACGGCCGUGAUUUAAUGUGAUUAUUCAUUCUAGUAACUAGUAACUAACUAGUAUGUAAAAAGGCAGGCAAAGGGCGCAAAUUUGUAUGUAGACUCGAGACCACCAUCCACACGGUGAUCUUGGAUUGAAACGCACCUAGCAACAAACUAAACGCAGGGAAUUUAAGUAAAAUUAAAAAUUGACAAAACAGAAUUUUUUUUUAAAUUUAAAAAAAAUGACAAAACAGAAUUUAAAUAAAUUAAAAAAAAAAUUACAGAAAUCAGUGAGAAUAUCGCGGAAUUUGCGGAUGAAUUUCAAAUUUAUAGCUAUAAAUUUUUUUAAAAAAAUUAUAUUAAAUACUAUAAUAUUAUCUAUUAGUUUUUUGUGAAAGUAACUGCUUUUAAAAAAAAAUAACGCAUGUUUUGAGAAAAAAAAUUGGCAAAAAUUAAUAUAAACUGAUUUUUUUUUAAAAAAAAUCUAGAAAUCCCUUGAUAUCCGAUUUUGAUAAAAUACCUGUUCAGUUUUCAAAACUCAUAUUUUUCUCCUUCAAGGUUUUGCAUGCCCAAUUCACGCCAAUUCACAGUGAUUCUUCACCAUUGACGCCAUGGAUGGUAGGCUAAAGGUUGGAAACAAAAGUGAUUUAGAUGUUCCGAUCAAGAAGUUUGCAAAGAAGAAAAAGAAAUUGGUUAGGAACAAUGCGAUGCAAGUACAGGUUGUGGAUCCGCAAUUGUUGGAUGACAUUAACAAAUCAUGUGGUCAUAAGGAUAUUGAAAAUAGAGAAGUCUGCAUACAAGUUCAAGACACACAGAAUCAAGGAGAAGAACAUUUAUCUGGUCAUAAUAAGAAAAGGAAAAGAAAACAAUUGGUUACCAGGGAGCCGCUUCAGAAAGGGGGAAUGAGCUCGAAGAAUGCUAACACAUUAGGAAAAAAUAAAGUUGAAAUCACUCUUAAUCCUAGGCAUACUGUUCAACAGUUUAUGCAACUAAUUAAAGGUUUGGAGGGACAAGAUGAUAAGCUAAGAGCGAUAAGGGAUAUGGGAUUCGGAGGCCUCAUGCAUCUUAACUUUCCAAGGAAUGACACAGUAUUCGCGGCAAAACUUAUGAGGGAUUUUGACCCCUAUGGGAUGUGCAUACUUUUAGAUAGGAACAGAGACAUUAAGGUCGAUGCAAUUGAUGUCCAUCUCGUAUAUGGUAUUUCUAUUGGAGGGGAAGUCAUUGUUGAGGGAAAAGACGAGGACGAGAAUUUUAUGAAUUGUUGGAAAAUUGGAAACAGUAUCAUGGUGGUGGAGUUCCUAGUCUGAAAGCUAUAGUCGAGAAACUUCUUAAUCAUGGCGUUAAUGUUGAUGACAAUUGGAGGAGGAGCUUUUUGGUUUUAGUAGUUAACACAUGCAUCAAGUCUAACUCAAACACCCAACCACUGUAUCGAUUUCUUAGUACUACCUUUGACACCACGCGUAUAUCUUCAUAUGACUGGUGUAAAUAUACGUUGGAUAGCUUAUCUGAAUGGGCAAUUUACUGGAAGAAGAACACUACAAGGUUCUUCCCGGGGCCAUUACCCUUCCUCAUGAUUUGUUAUUUUGAUCGACUGCAAAGGCAAACUUUUUCUCAUACUAGAUUGUUUCCGCUCAUCUCGUCAUGGCGUUUAGAGGACAUUAAGAAAAGGAUAUCUUCUGAAUCUGAGUAUGGUUUUGGUUGUGGAGCUUUGUUGGAUAGGAUUGAGAAGCCAGUAAAUAUGGAUAUCUCAAUACCAACUCAUCUCUUGAGCGAAGAAGGACAAUCGUGCCAACGACAAUGCGAAGAAGAGCAACACCCUCAGGUAGACGAUCCUCAAUCAACCAAUGAACAACAGAAUCAUAAACAUCAGGCAGAGGAACAAGAACACCUUGAACCUCCAUCCAAUCUGCAUGAAAUUAACACCCAAUUGAGAGAGGCAACGUUAAACAUUGCUUUGUGUUUCGUACGGGUUACAACCCUCUUGAAAUCUGUCGAGAAUUUUUACCCAAACACUUUGAUAAAUAAUAUCAUGAUGCAAAAUGUUGCAACAAUGUGGUCAAGGUGCUCUGGUUCGCAAAUGCCUCCCGAUAUUCAACAGUUUUCGAAGAAGUGUGUCGGAGGUUCGUUAUUGAGUCAGGACAAUGAAAUCUUUUCAUCUGAGUGGUUUGGAGAGAUGGUUGACUCAGCUGUAAAAAGAGUUGUCGGUGAAUCUGAACAAGUGUUGCCAUGUUGCGGAGAAGAACAACCUACUCCUCUGCAGCCUCUCAUUUUUAACUCGGACACCCAUCAUCCUAUGAAUGAGAACCAUUCUGAGUCUGAUUUGAAUUUUGAUAAUUUGGAUUUUAAUGAGAUAUUUGGUGAUGAAGAUAAUGCAAACGAUCAACAAUGCAGUGAUCAUAACUUGGAGAAGGUUACCAAAAGAAUGAGAAAGCUCCCUGCAAUUUUCAAGUCCCCGUAUUUAAUUCAAUAUUCACAUCUUGUAGACGAGGAGGAGGACGAUAAAAUUUGCAUACUUGAAUAUGCUCUUUCAGCUAAACUUCCUAAAGACGAAGAAUUAUACGAUGAUGGAAGCACUUUUUUAAAUAGAGAGUAUUGUUUAUCCCUUGGGUCUGAUGGACAUAUCUUUGGUGAACUUAUUGAUGCAUGGUGUCACAUACUCAACUCGAGGAAUAAAUUGAAUAGAAAAGAGAAAAAUAUUCUUUCCUAAUGCAGCAUUUAAUUUGUUGUGCAUGAAUGAUUAUUAUGGUGAGUGUACUCAAAAAGAUACCAUUGAGUUUAGACAAUCAAAAUUCUUUGAGACACUUGAUUUCACCAUGUAUGAGAACAAAAUUGAUACCAUCAAAGGAUUUAAUCUUGUAUUCUUCAUUGUUCACGCUUGGAGUCACUUUUACGUUAUGUGCAUUAAUAUGAAAGCCAAAACUUUGGACAUCUUGGAUAAUAGAAUACUUGAGGAUGGGAUACCCCUUGAAAGCAAGUAUCGUGAUUAUCCUCGGAAAGUGCUGGAAGCAUUUUCAUUGUUCCUCCACCGUGCGGAAUACAAGUGUUAUAGGCAUGUAGCUAAAUUCAAGAUAAGGUUUAAUAGAAAUGCCUUGGAGAUCCAACAUGAACACUGUUGAUUGUGGUGUAUAUGCAAUGAGACAUAUGGAAACCUACCAUGCACAAAACAACUGGGAUUGUGGACUAUACUCAGAUAAUUUUGAAGGUUUGAAGAAGCUAAGGAUACAAUACUGCAUUGAUUUACUCACCGACAAUGCUAAUGAUAAAAGGGUCGAGCUCCAGGUCUUAGCAAGAAAGUUUAAGAAGCUUGAAAACAAUGAAUAAAUUUAAAGAUUCGUGUGCAUGUGGUGCACAUAAUAGCUUUAGUUAAUUAAUUUUAAAUGGUAUUCUCGUCUAAUUAUGUUCAUUUUUUAAUAAUAUUGACAUUUGAUCCUGUGUUCUUUUAUAAAUACCUUGAUUUUCUUUGUAAUAUACUUUUAUGUUUUAUAUAGUAUACUUUCAUGUUCUUUGCAA